UUCACUUGUCCUAAGUCCUAACCAGUAGCAGAGCAACUCACACUGAUCCACUCUCUCCCGUUCUCGCAAUGGCGGCAUCCUGUCUGCUCGGCCUUCUGCUCAUCGCGUGCGUAGUCACCGCCGGCGGCGACGACGUGGCGACUCUUCCCCACCUCCAGCUUCCGGGCACCCCCGACCCGAGCCGUGGACACUGGUCCGACGCGCCGACGCCGCAGGGGCAGCUCACGGACAUCAUGUCCACGAGCGGCUGCGGGAGGUUCGCGGCCCUCGUCGCCGCGACUCCCAACGCCAGCGACGUCUUCCAGCAGCGCCUCAUACCGGGCGGCGGAGGGCUCACUCUCUUCUGCCCCGACGACAAGGCCGUCGCCGCCGUCGAGCCCACUUUCCGCGCUCUCGCCGACGUCGACCGGGUCGCCGUGCUGCUGCACCACGGCGCCGCAGGGCUCUACGGCCCGGCGCGGCUCGCCGGCUUCGCGUGGGUGGGCGUGCCCACGCUGGCCGUCGCCGACGCGGCCACCAACGAGAUGCAGACCGUCCUCGUCCGCGACUGCUGCGACAGGAUGAGGCUGUGCCUGUCGUCAAUGUGGCCACGGGCCGGCAAGGCCACGGUUACGAAGACGGUCUCCUCGGAGGAGCCCCCCCUCGUCCUUUACGUCGUGGACGCCGUGCUGCUGCGAGAGAAGCUGGAUGGAGGAGAGGAGAAGGCGGCGGCGCAAGGUGCCGGUGGGUAUCUUGGUUGGCUGCAAUGGCAGUACUGCGGCAACCUGCCCCGGUUGGUGCUGUGGUGGGUCUCGGGCGUCGCAGGCUCCCUGAUCGGAACAUGGAUGGUUAGCCGCGGGAUCUAGGAUGCAGGGAUGAAAGAGGAAGGCCGGCGGAGGAGAAUAAGCACGCUCGAGUCUUAAGUUGUGUUUAGUUGCAUCUUGCAUGGUACUCUAGUGCUGGAUCCGUGAGUUAUGUUGUUCCUCUGUGUUGCCUCGAUCAGCAUAUUUCUUCGAGCGAUCUUGUCUGGUGUGCGAGUCCAUCACCCAUCUAUAAUUCUGCAAUAUUCUUGCUUUCUGUUGUUUCUGUUGUCGUGAAAAAGGAUGUAGCUAGUAUCCGAGCGAUCUGAACUCCUUUUCUCUAUGACACUGAAGUGAGCAGUCUGCAAAUCCUUGUAUGAAGCAAAUUAACAGUAGUAGCCAAUCAAAACAAGCUUCUUGUCU